CUAAUCUAUGCACAGAUGUGAGGUGUGUCGGUGAUAACCUCAAAAUUGCACAUGUAGUGUAAUGUAUGUACGGCGAUCCAACAAGAUAGAUAGAAGAAAUAAAUUAAAAAGUUUGAUGUUUUAAGAUAAAUUUGUUUGAAUUUGCGUUAUAUAAAUCGUCCUGACAUUUAUCUGUAAUCCAAUAUGGGAAAGUUGGACGUUAAGAUACUACGAUAUUUAACCCCGGAAGACUUUCGUGUUUUGACUUCGAUUGAAAUGGGCAUGAAAAAUCAUGAACUCGUACCUGCGAUACUUGCCGCACAAAUAGCGAAUCUGCGUUACGGUGGAGUUCAUAAAUUGCUGAAAGAAAUGUGCAAAUAUAAAUUGCUCAGCUACGAACGAGGCAAACGAUAUGAUGGUUAUCGUUUGACGAACGCUGGUUAUGAUUAUUUAGCCUUAAAAGUCUUGACGCAAAGAGGAACAAUCUGUUCCUUUGGUAAUCAGAUUGGUGUUGGCAAAGAAUCUAACAUUUUUGUCGUCUCCAACGAAGACGAGACUCCGCUUUGUCUAAAGUUACACAGACUGGGUAGAACGUGCUUCCGAAACAUUAAAGAAAAAAGAGAUUAUCAUCAGCACAGACAUUCCGCAUCUUGGUUGUAUUUGUCAAGAAUCGCUGCAACCAGAGAGUUUGCGUAUAUGAAAGCCCUUGUGGACAGAGGUUUUCCUGUGCCAAAACCAAUUGACUUUAACAGGCAUUGCGUUGUCAUGGAGCUGGUUGAAGGUGGACCUCUGUGUAAUGUAAAUGAAGUAAAUAAUGUGGAAGCGUUGUACGACGAGCUCAUGGAUUUGAUUGUUAGACUGGCGAAUCAUGGCGUUAUACAUGGAGAUUUUAAUGAAUUCAAUAUAAUGAUCAAAGAUGACGGCAAGCCUGUUGUCAUUGAUUUUCCUCAGAUGGUUUCUACAGAGCACGAGAAUGCGGAAGCCUAUUUCGAAAGAGAUGUGAACUGUAUCCGUGAUUUCUUUAAGAGACGUUUUGGUUAUGAGAGCGAAUUGUAUCCAAUUUUUCAGGAUGUGUCUCGCGAAGACAGCCUAGAUGCUGAAGUCAAGGCCAGUGGCUUUGCAAGACAAAUAGAAAAAGAAAUUGAUACUCUCAUGACAGAAAUUGGCAUUGAAUAUAAAGAAGAAAAAGACAACGAGUCCAGUGAGGACAAUGAGGAUAACGAGGAAGAAACGUAUGAGGAUUGCGUUGAUAAUAUUGAAGAUUUAGAACAUCAAUUAAAUGAUUUACAAUUUCAAAAUGAAAUUGUAAAAGAAGGACUUGAUGUUCCAAAAGACACUAAAGCACUAAAUAAUGAUAAUGAACGUUUGAAGGGAAUACAUACAGUGUCAUGUUCCGACGAACAAAGUAAUGUGGAAAAUGAAUGUAAACGAGAGAAAGAAGACGUAACGGUAGAAAAUGUAAUUGAUAAUGAAGAACACAAUGAUCAUACAUCGUGUGAUUUAUCAUCAAAUGUGGAAAAUGAAGCUGUACAUUUUUAUGAUGAUACACGAAGUAUACGAAGUGCUUCAACAGCUGCUACAAUUGCACCAGAUGUGAUAAAGAAGAGAACAAAAUUAGCACUUGACAAACGCGAGAGGAGCCAAACGAAGCGGGCACUUGCUAAAGGAGAAGCAAGCGCAGUGACGAGGAUACGAAGGGACAAUAGGGCUGAAAUUAAAGAAUCGACUGGAAUUUGGGGUUGGGAAUGAAGUUAUUAUUCUAUCUUUGUUUAUUAUUCCGAUCUAUUUACUUUAAUAAAGAUAAGAUCGUAGACAUAUUCGAGAUAGAUAAAAGCGUUAUUAUUAAAAUCAAAUAUUUCUCAUAAUAGGAAAAAAAAUAUUAAAAAUGUAGUAUUGUUCCUCCAAGGACGGAUACAAAAAUGUUAAAGUUUUAUCUUAAGAACUAAAUCCUAUUCAUUUCAGAUUGCUUUAAUUUUAUCAUUUUGUAAUAUUUAAUGACUUGUUUCGAAUUUUGAAAUAUCUCCUAAAUAUAGGUUUAAUAAAAAUUUCGGGUAUCUUUGGAGAAAAUUCGUCGUUCUCAAGAAAAAACAGUUCAACUCCAAGAAAGAAGAGUCUCUCUGUAGAGAGGUAUACAAUCAAGACCGAAACGAGUAUUUUGUUAAUUGUAAAAUAGAUAUUAUCAAAAUUUGUAUAGGUAAACUAAUGUGAAAUAAUAUUGGUUUACUUAUAUAUGUACAUAUAUAUCAAUCUGAUUUAAACAUACAUGAGGUCAGAUUGGAAAUAUGCAUUGAUAAUUUAAUCUUUAAAUCAAACAUAGAAAUUCUAAAGAUGCAGAUUCUUUCUACAUAACAAAUUAACAACUGGAUUCAAAAUUAAUUUUUUAAAAUUCUAAGUAAACCUUUCACACAACAUCAGAUUUCUCCGAAGUAAUCAUCUGUAGAUCACAUGUAAUCCGUCGACCACAUGUCACUCAGAAUCAGAUUCCCUGACUUUCUCCAUUUCUCCUAGUUCUUUCCAAUCAGGAAGUAUAAUGAAAUCCCUUCUCUUAAAAUAUCGGACCAAUUGGGAGAUUUUUAAGAAGUAUCUCUCUUAAAUGUGGCACACUAAAGAUCUUUGGAGAAAAUUCGUCGUUCCCAAUAAGCUACAGUUCUACUUCAAGUGCAAGAGGAGAAUCUCCCUGCCGAAAGGGGUAUACGAUCAAGAGAAGAAUAGGAAGUACAAAUUUUGUUUUAUCUAUUUAUUUUGUCUCCUCUAUCCUGUGUUAUGUCACGUUGCUUCGCGAGCGCAACACAACACGCUAUCUGCGGACAUAGGACCGAUUGAUAGUAGGAAGGAAAAAGUGGGACUGCAUACACGGUACACAAAUCGAUUUACUUAUAGUUCCGACAGAACAACGUAUUUCUGCGACAGCAUUACGCAACGAUUGAUGGUGCGGUUGCGAGAUAUGAACAAAUUAAACCGUUCGAUAAUUUCGCGCCACGAAGGAUGUUCGCUGAUAGUGAUGGUGGUGGCAGUGGCGGUGAAGAAAACGGUCUAGCAGGCGAUAAUAAGGCCGCGGUGAUAGCUCCAAGUACACACGUAUAUAAUUGCGGCGCCUGUAUAUAUAUAGCAGCGAGAGUUCUCUCUUGAACGCAGAGUCCCGUCCCUCGUGCAUUCUUGUGCUUGUCAAAAUAUCCGGAAGCGACUUGACGCAGACGGUUCAUUACUGACGACUAUAUAUUAUCUAUUUCUGUAGGAACAUGGCUAAGGACAAUCUCACCGCUGUACUGUAUGGCAUCAACGAUUUACGCCUGG